CGCGGCCGCUCCCGGCCGCCAUGGCCGCGCCCGCCGCGGGGACCGAGCUGCCCGUGCCCGAAUCAGGUGCUGUUUUCACAUUUGGGAAAAGCAAAUUUGCAGAAGAUAUUCCUAGCAAGUUCUGGUUCAAAAAUGACAAGCCUGUACUUAUAUCAUGUGGAGAUGAACAUACAGCUAUUAUUACAGGAAAAGGCAAACUCUAUAUGUUUGGCAGUAAUGACUGGGGCCAGUUAGGACUAGGAUCGAAGAACACUGUCUGCAAACCAACGUGUGUUAAAGCUUUAAAACCAGAAAAACCAAAACUUGCUGUUUGUGGAAGAAACCACACUUUAGUUUACACAGAAAAAGGAAAUGUCUAUGCUGCUGGAGGAAACAGUGAAGGCCAGUUGGGAUUAGGUGACACAGAGGAAAGGACCAUGUUUCAUUUAGUUAGUUUUUUUACCAACCAGCACAAGAUCAAGCAACUAUCAGCUGGAUCAUACACCUCAGCAGCAGUAACUGAGGAUGGGCAGCUCUUUGUGUGGGGUGAUAAUUCAGAAGGUCAGAUUGGCCUGGCCAGUGAAGCCUCUGUCAGUAUCCCCUGUAAAGUGGAUAUUGGAAAACCUAUUUCCUUUGUAUCCUGUGGAUAUUAUCAUUCUGCCCUGAUUACAGGAGAUGGUGAGCUCUAUACUUUUGGAGAAUCUGUGAAUGGGAAACUGGGAUUAUUCCCUGAACAGCUGAAGAACAAUAGAGUCCCACAGCCUGUACUGGGAAUUAUGGAUAAGGUUAAAAAGGUUGCUUGUGGUGGAGAACACACUGUGGUGCUGACAGAGAAAGCUGUUUAUACUUUUGGACUUGGACAAUAUGGGCAGCUGGGACAUGGAACGUUUGUCUUUGAAACUUCAGUACCGAAGCCUGUGAAACAUUUGAAGAAGCAUAAAAUAUGUAACAUUGCAUGUGGGGAAAAUCACACUGCUGUGAUAGCAGAGAAUGGCCUCAUGUUUACUUUUGGAGAUGGACGACAUGGCAAGUUAGGAUUUGGAGAAGAGAGUUUUACAAAUUUGUUUGAUCCCACUCUGUGUUACAAUUUCUUGAAGUUCACAGUCCUUUUGGUUGCUUGUGGUGGUUGUCACAUGCUGGUUUUUGCUGCUCCAAGACCUAAAGGAUCUGAAGUACUCUUGGAGGAUUUAUAUGAGCCUCGUUUGGCUGCUACAAUCCCUCAAACCAGUGGAGACUUUGUACUAGCAAACACCUUGCAACUCUCAGCAGCACGAAUGCGACGUCGAGAGAGGGAAAGGUCACCAGAGCAAUUUGCUAGAAUGGCACAAACUCUGCCUCCAAUGGGGGAAAGCUUCUUAAAGUCGUCAUUGCCUGUGACAAACAACACCAGCCCAUUCUGGUUUUCUGCAACAAGUCGUCCUAAAGCUGAAUCUGGGAGGGAUGGAGACCAUGAAAAAGAAAACAAUCAUCAAAAAGAUAAACCUGAUGAAGUCUCUUCAGAACAAGAUUCAGAUAAUGAAAAUACUGACAGAAACCUUGGGGAUACAAGUGACAUCCUAAAUAUGACACAUGCAAUGAAGUUGAAUCCUGGUGACUGGUCCUUAAAAUUAUCACCACUCCAAAAACAGAAGAAAGGGCAUAACAGUGAGUCCAUCAGAAGAUUUCCAAGGGAGGAAAGUAAGAACAAUAAAAAUGUGAAACUGAAAAGAGAUGGUAAGGGUGGGCUGAAAAACAAGGAUUCUGAUUUCACAAAGAAGGGCUCAAAAUUCGAGUCUGGCUCUUUACAAAAGCAGUCCUCAAUUUCAGAGUCACCUGGACAAGAUUUAGAAAAGAGGAGUGCCUUUGUAGGGAAGCCUGUGGCCAAAAAAAGUAUAAAGAAAGGUAAAUUUCAGAAUGCACGAAGUGAUACUACUUUGAAAAGUGAUGCUCAAGAAAUUACUGGGGACAAAAGCAUAAUAGUGAAAAGGGAGAAAGAAUAUGUGGAAAAUCCUGAUUUUUUUAGACAGGAUGCAACUUCUAAUCUUCCCACUGAACAUCAAAUUCUGACUGAAAAAAUAAGUUCUUCUAGUAAAAAACCAAAAGCUAUUAAACCUAAGCAAUCCCUUAAAAUAGAGGUACUUCCUUCUGCUCCCAGGGAUCAGCCCCACACUGAUUCAUUAACUGUGCAAGAAUACAAUCCUGUUAAAAAGCAAGGGAGUCAAAAAACAACAGAAAGUCAAAACAAAAUAAAGGAUGGUGUUGAAAAAUCUGACAAGUGUGAAAGAAUAAGUGUCACAGGACAAGAAAGUAGUGCAGAACAGAAGGAGCUUAAAAAAAUGCAUCAGUUUUUGAAACAAAUAUCUGUAACUUCAUCAUCAUCUUCAACUGAGGAAAGUACUAAUGAUCUCCAAAAAUACAUACUUAAGGAAGAGGUCCACUAUGAACACAGAGUUCUCCAGAGGACAAGGAGAACAGUGACACAUCUGGACAUAGAAAAAGACAGUGAGAUUGAGGAGAUGCAAGCUACAAACAAUGAGAAAGAAAGUGUAGAACAGACUGAUGUAAAAAGCCUGAAUGAGGAAGAAACAAGCUCUGAUGCUAAAUCUGAUGUAGACAGGCCAUUAGAAAUUAAGAAUGAGGAGGAAUCUGAGCAGGAGCAGGAGCAGGAGAAUGAGGACACUGAAAAGGGUGAAAGUGAAAAAGAAAAACUGGAUGAAACAAUUGACAGUGAAGGUAAACUAGGGGAGGAAGAAGAAGAGGGUGAGGUUGAAAAAGAUAGAGAUGAAGUUUCAGUAGAAAAAGAUGAAGAGGGACAAGAUAAUGAGGAAGACACUGAAAAAGAAUCAGAGGCUGAAAGAGACAGUGGGAAUGAGGGUGCAGAGGAGACUGAGGAGGUCAGCCAGGGAGAUGGCAAAGGAGAUGACCAAGGCAGGUUGAUGGAGGAAGAAGAAAUGGUGAGUGAGGGAGAAAAGGAGGAUAUGGAGGAGAAGUAUGAGAAAGAGGAAGGCACUGAAAAAGAGAAAGAGCAGGUUAAAAGUGAGGGAAGAGAUGAGAGUGAGGAAGGAGGGGAAGAUACAGAGGAAAAGGAAGAAAAAGAGAUAGAGGCAGAAGAAGAAGGAGAAGAUGAAAAGGAAGAUGAAGAAGAAAAAGAAAGGGAGAAUGAAAAAGACAAAGAAGGUCAAGAGGAAGAGUUGGGAGAAUCAUUGGCAGGGAGGGAAGAAGAGAUAUCUGAAGAAAAACAGGAUGAGGAAGAUGCAAAUACAAAAACUAAGGAAGUGGGUGAGGAUGAAGUGGAAGAAGGAAAAGAUGGGGAGGAUGAAGUGGAAGAGGAAAGAGAAGAUGAGGAAGAGGAAGGAGCAGAGGCAGAAGCAGAAUGGGAGGAGGGUGAAGAAGAUGAAAAGGAAGAAGGGGAGGGGGGAAAUGAAGAGAAAGGGGAAGGUAAAGGAGAGGGAGAAGGAGUGGAAGAAGAUGAGAGAGUAGGGGAGGAAGAAGAGAGUGUUGGAGAUAAGGGAAAAGAGGGAGUGGAAGAAGAGGAAGAUGAGGAGGAAGAAGAAGGAGUGGAAGCAGAGGGAGAUGAGGAAACAGGAGAGGAAGAAGAAGAGGUAGAGGAGGGAGAAGAGGGAGGGCAGGAAGAAGAAGAAGGAGAAAGGGAAGAGGUGGAAGAAGAAAAAGAAGAAGAAGAAGAGGAAGAAGAAGAGGAAGAAGAAGAAGAAGAAAAAGAAGAAGAGAGUGAAGAAGAAGAAGAAGAAGAAGAAGAAGAAGAAGAAGAAGAGGAAGAAGAAGAAGAAGAAGAAGAAGAAGAAGAAGAAGAAGAAGAAGAAGAAGAAGAAGAAGAAGAAGAGGGGGAAGAGGACAAGGAGGAAGAAGAAGGAGAAGAGGGAGAGGGGGGAGAAGAAAAAGGGGAAGAGGAUGAGGAGGAAAAAGAAGAAGGGGGAGUGGGGGGAGAAGGUGAAGAGGAAGAGGAGGAAGAAGAAGAUGAGGAGGAAGGGGAUGUAGGAGAUGAGGAAGAAGAGGAUGAGGGAGAAGAAGAUGAGGGUGAGGAAGAAGAAGCAGAGGAAGAGGAAAAAGCAAAAGAUAAAAGGAAAAAUUAUAGUAGGAAACUUCCAGAAAAGAAAAGCAAACCCAGGAAGCCAGAAAAGACAGAAAGUUCUGCUUUACCAAACAGCUCUAAGCAAAACAUGAAAUCCAAACAUCACUUAGCAAAUGGUUUACAUAAUUCAGAACAAUUUUGGAACAAUGUGCUACCUCAUUAUUUAACACUAAAGUAGCAUAGACUACUGGACAGACAUUUUAAGCCUAUUCAGGAAACAAAUUGAUUUUUAUUAAAAGAAAGUUUUCAGGGAAUCAAAGCAUAAUAUUAUGCAUAUAAUGUAAGUGCCAAUUUCUUGAAAAAGGUUGAAGAAAAUAUUUACAUUUAGGAUACUUUUAUGAGAGAAAUCACAUGUUUUUGAUACAAUCAUUUUCACAAUCAUGUUUAUCAUGUAUGAUAUAUAAAGAAAAUUAAUUGCUGAGGAGGUAAACUGUGUUUGCCUCUUAAUCAGUGUAAUCUUUGCCUUUGAAUCAGCAAUACACCUAUUUUAGCUGCAGGACGGUUUACUUGAUAAUGUGCCUUCCAUGAAAAGAGUUUCAGUAAAUUAUGAAAUAUACCUAUUUUUAAAUUUUGGUAUCACUCCAUCAUUUAUUCCCCCUACUUUUAAUCUGUUCAUGCAUUGGUAAAAUGUUCAAGUACCUAAAUUAAAGAAAGGACAAGUUGCCAAAUUUACAGAGGUCAGUGAAUGGCAGGUAAAUGGAAAUGCAGGCCUGGGUAAAUGAUGGCUUAGGACUUCUCAAGGGCCUUAAGGCUGACUUCUUAUUUUGGUGUCAGCACACAAUUUUGUGCAAAAAUACACACACAGAUCUUAGAUUCUGGCUUAGAUUACAUUAGAAUUGAGGGAUAAUUUUUUAAUAUCACACUUGGUGAUAAGAUAAAACUAAAAAUUUGAAAUAUACACCUCUAAAACAUUAUGUUAUUUGUUUGUACUGUGCAGUACACAAAAGAUUCUAUAUCUGCCUGCAAAAGACUACAUCUCAUUAGUCCUCUAACUCUUGAGGUACUCCAGGAGGGGGAAUAUAUGUUGUUGCUGUGUGAAACACAUGUUUCAGAGCAAAACAUUUUCCUCAUUGGAGAAGAUUUAUAGUUUUCCCUCCUAAAAAAUCCUAUCUAUAAUCUCCAAAAAGAGGUAAACCAACAAGCCAGAUGGAAUAGUAAAGUGUCAAGAAAGUCUGAUUUUUUUUUCAAAAAGACAAAGGUAAUACUUUUAGAAUUUCCUUAAAAUACACAAACAAAUCUUGCAAAUUAUUUUUGUAAGAUAAUGUAUCACUCUUUGAACCAUCAGGGACUGAACUGUCAAAUGGAGAUAUAGGGACACAUCAUGCAGCAUUGUUACUUAAAUAUUAUGCCAAUGGAUGGUCUGAGAAAUUUUUGUAAACAGAUCUCUAGAAAACUAGUUAUUUAAAGCCUACUUGAA